AACUAUUUAUUGCUUUGUUUUCUUCGUUUUACUCCGGCAUUACCUUUGAAUGGGAGUUCAAAACUUCAGUUUCUGGAGAAGAAACGCUUUGUUCGAGUUUUGAAUUUCUUCCUGUCCAACUAUGGCUUCUUCUUCUUCUUCUUCUUCUUCUUUCUUCAAUGAUUCUCAAGAAAAAUACGAUGUGUUCAUCAGUUUCAGCGGCAAGGACGUUAGACGAGGUUUUCUGAGUCAUCUAGUAAAGGAACUAUGUCGAGCGAAAAUUAGGGCUUAUGUAGAUGAAGAAAUGAAAAGAGGAGAACAAAUAUCAUCCUCGCUUCGGGGAGCAAUUCAAAACUCGCAAAUCUCAAUCGUCAUAUUCUCAAAAAACUACGCCUCUUCAAGCUGGUGUUUGGAUGAGCUUGAAGAAAUCAUGAAAAUGAAGGAACAAGUUGUUUUACCCGUUUUUUACUACUUAGAUCCCUCACAUGUACGGCACCAGCGAGGCGCUUAUAAGAGGGCAUUUGCUAAACAUGAAUUGAAGUUUCAAGGAAACGGCUUGAAGGUUCAAAAUUGGAGAUCAGCCUUGAAGAAUGCUGCUGAGCUAUCUGGCUAUAAUAUGUCCCAUUAUCGUAAUGAAUCUGAACUCAUAGAUGGCAUCGUCAAUGGUGUUUCGUCAAGCUUGAAUAUCUCUCCUAGUGAAUCAAAAGGCCUUGUUGGGAUUGAUGAACAUCUUGAUUGUAUUAGAUUGUUUUUGGAAAGGAAGUCAAAAGAAGUUCAAAUCCUUGGAAUUUGUGGCAUGAGGGGCAUCGGUAAAUCAACCAUUGCACAAGUUGCAAUUGACAAAUUCUCUUCCCACUUUGAAGGCUCUUACUUUUUAGAAAAUGUGAGAGAAGAAUCGCAAAAGUAUGGGCUGAAAUCUUUAAGAGCGAAACUUAUUUCUGAGCUGCAAGGGGAAAAAUCCACUUUUGUUCAUAAAAGGCUUGUUAGACGAAGAAAAGUUUUUGUUGUGCUUGAUGAUGUGGGUUCUUCAGAACAACUACAGCAUUUGGUUACAGAUGGAAUUCAUUGGGGACCUGGUAGUAGAUUCAUUGUAACAAGCAAAGACAAGCAAGUGCUAACUGCUGGCGGAGUUCAUGCCAUACAUGAAGUCAAGGAAUUGGGCCCUAAAGAAUCCCUUAAGCUUUUCAGCUUAAAUGCCUUCAAAAAAAGCCAUCCUGAACAGGGAUAUGAGGAACUUUCACAGAGGGCAGUUGGUUAUGCCAAGGGCCUUCCUCUAGCUUUAAAAGUUGUGGGUUCAUCUCUUUGUUCUAGAGACAGAGGAACAUGGGAAAGUACACUGAGAAAACUUGAGAGGUACCCCGAUCCUCAAAUUCAAGAUGUGUUAAAAACGAGCUAUGAUGGAUUAGAUGAUGUGCUAAGGGACGUAUUUCUUGACAUUGCUUUCUUUUACAAAGGAGAAGAUAAAGAUCAUGUCAUAAGGCUACUUGAUGCCAGUAACCUUUUUGCUGCUUAUGGAAUAGAAGGACUUCUAGAUAAAGCUCUUAUAUCCAUUUCAAAUGACAAGGUAAUACAAAUGCAUGACUUAAUUCAAGAAAUGGGUUGGGAAAUAGUUCGGCAAGAAUGCAAGGAAAAUCCUGGAAGACGUAGUCGGUUGAAGGACUUUGAGGAAGUGUAUGAUGUGUUAAAAAUAAUAAGGGAACUGAUGCCAUUAAAGGGAUAG